UGAAGAGCUGAUUUCGUUUUAAUCCAUUUUCGCUCUUCUUCUUUUUCUUUUAUUUUCGUUUAGGUAAGCAUUUAUAAAAUCUGCGAUGCUGCUUAAAUGAUGAUUUUACGCAUGAAAAAAUAUAGGAUGGGUUGCAUCUCGGUAAAUGGACGUGGUAAAAUAGCCAUAUGAGGGUUUUCUUUCUCUACUCCACCCAGGCAGCAGAACUUGUUCAAGUAAAAAUGGUUAAGGGUCGCCAAGGAGAGCGUGUCAGGCUCUAUGUUCGAGGAACGAUUCUUGGGUACAAAAGGUCGAAGUCGAACCAGUAUCCGAACACGUCGUUGAUCCAGAUCGAGGGAGUGAACACGACAGAGGAGGUGACAUGGUAUCAAGGCAAGCGCUUGGCUUACAUUUACAAGGCCAAGGUGAAGAAGAACGGGACUCACUACCGUUGUAUAUGGGGCAAAGUGACUAGGCCUCAUGGUAACAGUGGCGUUGUUCGCGCCAAGUUCAAGUCUAAUCUUCCCCCUAAAUCCAUGGGAGACAGAGUUAGGGUUUUCAUGUACCCCAGCAAUAUAUGAGCUUUUUUUUGGUAUGUGGUGGUACAGUCUGCAUAGAUGCUAGAUUUAGCUGGUGAUGGGAGGUUGUUUGUGUAUACCUUAGUUCAAGAAUGAUUCUGGAUAAGGGAGCUCCCUACUUUUACCUCUUUGUUUGCCUGUAUCCACUUAGUUAGCAUGGACUUUUUUACACAUUAUUUUCUGGAAUUCCCUCGCAAAUUAUGUUUGAAUUUUUAAAUAGAUUCUAUAGAAAAAUUUCAUUUAUUCCAAACUUGUAAAAGAGGUAGGUUUAGCAUGAUCGGAUUUGGUCUAUUUAAUCUUCUUUUUUGAACUUCAUUAUAUGAUCAUGCGAGCGUCUUUAGACCAAAAAGGAAAAGGUUAAGGUGAAAAA